ACACAGACAGUACAGAUAUAGCUAGCUAAGGUUACCUACAUGUUUUGAUUUUCAUUGAGUAUCUCAUUCAACAUAAACCCAAACAAACAGUGGUAGAAAUGAGCGUGGGUGAGAAAAUAAGGUCUUGCAAUUAUACUGUUAAUUGUUCAUUUAUGGUAACUGCUUUCAAAAGUUAUGCUUUCAUCUGAUGACAACCAGUGAAAUGUACAACAGAACAAUUUAAUAAUUGCCUGCCAAAGGAAAUGGUUAAAACAAUGUUACACCCAUUCAACCAUCCAAUGCUGAAUAAGGUCACUUGAACAAAAACAGACAAAAUGGCUGUAAUAUACAGCAAUUACUAAUAUUACUCUAUGCUGCAUAACUUAGAUUGUAUGACUUAAUUUGAAACUGUCAUAACAGUGGUAGUAAUACAGCUGUACUAUUGGAACCUUCCGGCAACAGUUACUAGUUAAAACAGGUUGAACACCUUUCUGGGCUUCAUGAAUUAUCAUUCUCCCCAUCACCUAAUACAACUAAAAGAAGUGUAAUGGGGUUCUACACUAACUUUUUCCACUGGUGGCACCAGCACAUGAUUUGGUCCACACUUGUUUUAACAAAAAAAAUUAUACUUGACCUAGUUUGAGUCCUAUAAUGUGCCCUCAUUCCGUACAGAACCAGGCUUAACAAUGACUAUUCAUCUUUUAAAUGACCAUGCCCUUGUUCUUACAUUGAUUUGGAUAGAUUUACUGUAACAGCAAAGAAAAGAGACUGCUCAAAUAAAGUGCAAAAUGUAUUUAUUGCAGAUGUCGACGGUUGUUCUUUUCUGCGAAAUCCUCUAGAGAGCAGAAUUUCAAAAACAAUUUUGUUUUUCAGUGUCAACAACGGUGUGUAAAACUACAUCGGGUGACCAUUUAUGAGAUCUGGGAGAAAUGUCUUAUUUUUUGUUGUGUGUUACUGUUUAAUUCAGGUGCACACCAGCCAGACAGUUGUUUGACAAGCAGUGUUUCUGUAGCGCACUUUGUAGUUAGCUUUUUAAUUGCCUUUCCAUCUACCCUAGAACGGUUAGGCUAUCAAUAGCAUCGUUAAUGGCUACGCAAAGUAGUGGACAUAUAGGUUCUAUGCUCACUGCACAUGCAAUUGAAAGAUACUGGUCCCAAAAUAUUUAAUUACUGGCCCGGUCAAGAUCUGACUGGAAAGUGAAUGAUGCGUGCAUCAUUUCAAUAGCAGGUGAUUUUAUUUAUAUAGAGCUCAUAAAUAUUGACAAGUCAAAUUCAAGGAAUUUCAAAUACUUUUUCAUUUUAUAUCUAAUUGUUUUAUCCUAUAGGGGAAAAAUGGUCCAAUGGUGGCGAGCUUUACACCACUCUAGCUGACGUUUGGCAUUGCGCAUGGUGAUCUUGGGCUUGUGUGCGGCUGCUCGGCAAUGGAAACCCAUUUCAUGAAGCUCCUGCCGAACUGUUCUUGCAAUUGGCAUUGAGAAGUGUUUCUGUCAGUUAUAAUGCCCUUUUGUGGGGAAAAACACACUCUGAUUGGCUGGGCCCGGCUCCCCAGUGGUUUGGCACUGGCUGAGAAGACCAAAGCGCGACAGGUGACACCUGGGAUGCGGCGGACACUCUCUCUGGAUGCCAUUGUGGGCCCCUACCUGCAGGGCCACUGGCCCAAAGAGCCUGAGGGCCAGGCAGGCCUCUGCAGGAAGAACCAAUCAACCCAGACGCCUGACUCGUGGUCAGACGAGGCUUCGAACAGGAAAGGCAGCGAAGGGCACAAACGCUCUGCAUCGUGGGGCAGUGCUGAGCACCUACAGGAGUUUGCCAAGCUGAAACACCUGCUGCAAAGGUCCGAAAAGGUCCGCCACCACUACCUUCAAGGCAGCUACUCCCCAGGUACCACACAGCCUAUCCCACCCACCCCCCUGUACAAGCUAACCCCUCGUCUGCGCCGCAGCGUGGAGGGCCUCAACCAGGAGCUGGAGGGCAUGUUCGUGUGCCAGCCGCCCCACCACCAGUGCUGGAUUCUGGAGGUUCCUGACGGCCACAGGGCUCCAGUUCCACCACUGAGCUGCAGCAGUGGCUCCCAGAGCGACCCCUCCACCACGCCCCUCUCCCCCACACCCUCACCUUGCUCCUCUUUCUCCCCCUCUUCUGUAGAAGACCUACCUGUGAAUCAGGACCCAGGUGUGGCGGAGGGUGCAGAGCUGUGUCUCCUGUCAUCCCAGGGUGGGUGGGAGCCAUCCCCCUUGCUGCUCUCCUCCUCGCCCCGGCCCAACAAGAGCUACUGCUUCCAGAGGGAGCCCCCCGAGGGCUGCGAGAAGGUCCGCGUGUGUGAGGAGACCAGCUUUCCACACCAAGCCCAGUCCUCGCUCCUCUUCUCCUCCUGCCCCGACCCCAACAAGGUGAACUUCACCCCCCACGGCGUCUCUGCAUUCUGCCCGGUCAGCCUGCUCAAGCCCCUGCUCCCAUCCAUGGACCUCCUGUUCCGCAGCCUGGCUGUGGCCCCAGCCACGGGUUGCUCUGGCCAGGGUGCAGACCCCUACCAGGCCCCCUCGCCUGGGUACCUGGGGCCUCACCCCGACUCGGUCACCACUGCCAUGUAAAAGAGGCUACAUUAUUAAAGGGGGAAAUGUCAAGGCAGCGGUAUGUUUUGAAAACUACAUUACACAUCAUGAGGACGUCUUGGUUACUCUCCCCAGCCUUGUUGAUUGUGGCCCCCCCAAAUUAAACACAAUGUUUCAAAGUGCUCGAGAAGACAGCCUUUUUACCAACCAUGCUCCAGUUUAGUAAGAGUUUACAAACUUGUUACUGUUGACCAAAAAUGUCAGGGAAUCUUUUUUGGACAGUAGUGGCUUCCAUUUUCAUUUCUCUUGUCUUCAUCAUAGCUUUUUUAAAGUGUCAUUGGCUGUGCUCUGACACUUUUUUUUUUUUUUUUUUCCCCCUUAUCCGUAUUGAAAAGACAUGACACACCAGCUGACUUUUGGCCUUUAACCUUGGGUGCCAACCACAGUCGCUGCCACAUUGAAAGUGGUCUGAAAUGUAUUAACUUGUGGCAAUAGCCACUGAGAGGCAAGCAUACUUUUAUAAGAGGAUCAAUUUAUUUGGUAAUUUUUGUUAGAAAAGAAAAUGUUUUUAAAAAAUAACAAGAAGAAGAAAUAGACCAUGUGUGAGGUUGUUAUUUGCUUGAAUCAGUCCCCAAGAUGACAUUUGCUUUUUUAGAACAGAUCGGUCCAUAAGGGUUUCGAAUCGGAACAUAAUUAGAUUUUCUAUGUUAGGAUGGUACAUAUAACACUGCGAGUCAUUGGCUUGUCAAUGGCUAUAGUCAUUUUUGCAACAAUUCUGAUCUUUUGUAUUAAUGUUCAUUGGUCCCUAUUUUAUGAUGCUCAAAAGACACUGCGUUGCUUCAACAUUUGGUAGGAUGGUGUAGGGUAGUCUUGUCACUUUGACCAAACUACUAACCGUCUUUUAUUCUCUGGAAGAGCAAUGUUUCCCUAUGAUUUUUCUAGGGGACGAUGCUUCACCCCUCACUUUAUGCACAUUGAACUCUCGUUUUGGAUUUUAGGAGCCUGUUGGCCCACUUCUCUUUUAAUGGUGAUUCAGAUUUUCCCUCUCUUUGUAUGAAAGGUGUCUUGGGAAAGCUUGUACUCUUUGGAAAUGUAAUGUUCUGCUCUGGAUUAGUUGGUGUAUUGUAGGAAAAGGCUGCUGUCAAAUACCAGUUAAUUAUUUAAGUUAUUAGAAAAGGAGGCAAAUGUUCUUCACCAAAAUCUGGUUGCUUUUAGUAUUUAAAGAUAUUUAUAUAGAAUUUUCAAUUGAAAUAAACUUUUUUAACCUUAAAGUAACAUCCAUGACACACACAUGCAGAUGUUUUUUUCCCCCCUUAACCAUCUUAGUGUUCUCAUACAAGGCAUGACAAAUCAGUUUGCCACAUUUGUGGUAAGUGGAACAGAGUGCUCGAUGAAUUAUAUUUUUCUUUCUUGCAUGCUUUUUAAUUAUUUUUCUAAUAGCCUAGUUUAUAUAGGUAAUAAGAUGAGUCUUGGUGACUAGUUUUUCUUUUUUCCCCUGCUUUUCCUCGUUAUGGUGAAAGAAGACAUUUAUAGAAGUUUGGUGCUAUUUCUGUUAAUGUUUAGUGCCUCUAUUUUUGUUUCAAAUAAGGCGAUGUAUACAUGUUAAUCAGAGCAUAGCUCUUCUAGUUGUGUAUAUAUGUGUAUAGCUCCGUGAGGACUCUUACGACACUGACUACCUAUGUAGUGGUCUAGAGUCAUCAUCUGAUCUCAUUGGUAAAUGUUGAUUUUUUUUUUUUUUUUUUUUUUUUCUCUACCAAGGUUACAAGAUCAAGUUAAUUAAGAAUCUUUGCACAAAGUGACAGCUAUUUCUUUUCAUUUGCAAUUUCUAUUUUUGUUUAUUUUGUACUUUAGAGUAACCUUGUUUUGGUGUAUGAAUGUAUUUUGGUAUAUUUUUCAGUUAUCUGCAACAUAAGCUAAAGAAGGUUCAAAAGUGUGUUCGGAUGUUCAUUUCAGUUCCCCACUGUCCGUUUUAUGUUUAGGGGACUGACAAGCAAAUUGUAUUUGGGGGAAUUAUUAUUUACUUCAAGGACAAGGUUUUAUGUGGCAGCUAUUUUAUGUUUGAACACAUUUCUGUGUAGUUAUAGUUAUUAUUGAAAUCGUUUUCAAAGUUUUGGGGGAAUUUCCCAGGUGUCAUCUUUUCUAUGGUUACAUCCCAAAUGGCACCCUAUUAUGAAAUAGGGUUCCAUUUGGGACAGAAGCCUAUGGUACCCCUACUUGGUUCUUAUACAGGUGAUUGACGAUAAGAGGUGGUCUUUAGAUUAUAGACCGGCCAGUGUAGACACUCUUUAUACACUGCCUAACCAUUGUACACUGCAAUUUGCCCACCUGUAACGCACGCAGCGCACGCUUCCCAACAUGUUUGGUUCUCCCAUUAUUAAAACCGAUGUUUGGGGGUGAACGGAUCAUCUAGCGCAACAAUCGUGAUUGCUUUUAUGACCAAGACGCUGUAAAGCCACCCGGCAUACAUGGUAUGGUUUUUGAUCAACCUGUUGAUGAAUUUAAAACGUGCCUUUGGGUUUUGGAGUAGUGGCUGCUCCGCCACCCAUUAUAAGCGCGCUCCGAUUUUUCAUUUUAGGAUAUUCGUGUACUUUAAUGGCUGAAACAAUCCAGUAGCCUCAAGAAAGCCCAAUAAUUGUUGCUGUAUAGAUUUUUUUCUAUAGGCAUAUUGGUACUAGGCUAUAAUAAUAAAAAGUUUAUUUACGUUGCUGUUGAGUUAAAAGUCAAAUGUAGGCAUUGUCCUACUGUAAGAAUUUAUACACGGCUAGCUCCCAUGGUUUUAUUGUUAACACAGACAGGUGCUGCAACCUGCGACGAUGACAACAAUCUGUUGUGUUUGGUGCAUAAAUGAAGAAGCAGAUGUGCGCUUCACCCAGGUCUGUAAGAAUAAACAUACCAUAAAAAUA